AUGGGGCACCGUGGAACCGGCAGGCAGCCGUGCUUCGCGAAGAGAGCAAAUUUAUGCAAACUCAUAGCCAUCGCCGGUGCGAUAGCAACGACCGUCCUUGCCACAGCCGUUUCGUCGCUGGAGUUGCUGUGUUCGCAUCCCGAUGACUUCUUCUACACGGUUCCUGGGACACGGUGCAGCUCCUAUUAUCGCUGCUACGACAAUCAGGCGAUCCGUUUCGGUUGUGCCGAUGGGGCAAAGUUUGACUUCCACCAGCAGCGGUGUAUCCGCACCGAAGGAACCUGCUACGAACCGGUGUGCACCGGUAAGACGAACGGUGCAUAUGCUGACGCAUCGCAGGCCUGCCAACGAUCGUACCAAUGUCAGGGCGGUUCGCUCAUCGCGAUGGAUAACUGUCCGGCGGGGUUGGUGUUCGACGGUACCCGUUGCAGUCCACGGCGAGAGGUUGUUUGUGAAAACCCGGCCAUGUCCAGCAGUGCCCUCCACUACGAAACCGAUUCGCGAUGUUACGGACUGUCCGAUGGGCAGCAUGUGCUGCAGGAUGGAACCGACUGUCGGCGGUAUCUGGUAUGUGCUGAUGGUGAAGUUCAGGACGUCCUUGAGUGCCCACCCGGAUAUGGGUUCGAUGAACGAACUAGGCGCUGUACGAUGCAUAGCGAACGACCGGCGCGCGACAAGUGCAAUCCCUCGGGCGCAGAUCACGGGUCGCUUCAGACUCUCGAUAAUUCGUGCAGCUUUCUGCCCGAUGGACUGCAUCUGGCGGUAACUUCACGUGACUGCCGAACGUAUGUGAGGUGCCUGGGACGCCGGCAAAUCAGCCGUUCGGACUGUCCACCGAUGACGGUGUUCAAUGGCCAGCAGUGCGUGCCUAGCUUCCUGUAUCACUGUCCUCGGUUGGACCCUCCGGGAGACAUCUGUCAGCAUCGACACGACGGUUACUACGUGGACCCGCGCCGGGGAUGUGGCUUUUACGUGCGGUGUCAGGGCGAGCGCACCGUCGAGCAACUCUCCUGCCCACGAGGGCUCUACUUUGACGAGACCAGCAACGAGUGCCGGGAGAAUGAGGACACCAACGCUACCUGCCACCGGACACCGUACUCGGUCGAUUGUGCCCACCGUGCGGCCGGAUACUAUCAGGACUUUAUGGUCACGCCCAGUGCACCGAUCGCUUGCAGUGCCUACUUUCACUGCCACAACGGUGCCAAAACGAGUCUGCGGUGUGCUGACAGGUACGUUUUCGAUGGCGAAAACUGUGUACCGGAGGCGAGCUAUCAGUGCCCGGUGGCGGACGCAGACUCUUGCCGAAGCAAACCGAACGGGUACCACAAGGACACGAAAGCUGGCUGCCGGGCGUAUCACCUGUGCACGGACGGCCACAAAAUAUCGUACCUCUGUGGCCCGGGGCAGAUCUACGCGGACGGACGUUGUACUGGACGAGGGCAAGGGCAGGCUACGGAGUGCGACGAUGAUUCGGUUUGUGCCGGUCGGCCCGACGGCUUUUACCCGGACCGGGGCUCCCAGUGCCGAGAGUACUAUUACUGCCAACGGGGCGAGAAACUUCAAACGCUUACGUGCCGUGGAAGCAAGGUGUUCGAUGGCCGGAGCUGUGUGGCGCAGGGUGAAUUCUCGUGCCCGGCGCUGGACGAUGUCGAUGCGGCCGCCAGCGAGAACUGCAUCACGCGAAACUGCCACAAACCGAUGUGCGCCCGUGGAGGCUUCUUUGCCGACUACGACACGAGGUGCGAACGGUACUUCUUCUGCAUCGAUGGCAAGCAGAGUACGCUCGCCUGUUCCGCCGACUAUGUGUUCAACGGGGAGAUCUGUGUGCCGAGGGGCAGCUACUACUGCCCUCGAUAUUGCAGUCCACCAGAGGCUUGCUAA